CAUUUUCACUUCAGAUUCCUCAGGAACAUGCAGAGAGUCCUCUUCCCCACCCUUCUCAUCACUAUUUGCACUUCACUGUCCCACUGCAGGUCCCAAAACAAUGGGCAGUUGGGUGAGAAGUCUGAAGAAAAAGCUACCGAAGUUGGCGGAGAACAGCAGUGGCAAGAGUUUUGCCACUGGCCUUGCAAAUGCCCCAGGAAACCCACCUGCCCUCCUGGGGUGAGCCUGGUAAAGGAUGGCUGUGCUUGCUGUAGAACCUGUGCCAAGCAGCACGGGGAAACCUGCAACGAGGCUGACGUCUGCGACCCACACAAAGGCCUUUACUGCGACUACUCUGCUGACCAGCCUAGAUACCAAGUUGGAGUGUGUGCAUAUCUGAUUGCUGUUGGAUGUGAAGUCAAUCGGGUGCAUUAUCACAAUGGUCAGGUUUUUCAGCCCAAUCCGUUGUAUAAAUGCCUGUGUGUCAGCGGUGCGAUUGGAUGUACACCCUUACUCAUCCCUAAACUAGCUGGCAGUCACUGCACUAGGACCAAAGCGGGAAAAAAAUCGGAUCAUUCAACCUGUAACUCUGGAAUGCUGCAGCAGCAGCUGUCUGCAAGCUACAAGACAAUAUCAGUUUAUAGGCAUCUGCGUCUCCCACUAAUUUUGAAGAGGAAAUGCUUAAUUCAGGCCACAGCAUGGAGUCCUUGCUCUAGAACGUGUGGGAUUGGCAUAUCAAAUAGGAUAACCAAUGAAAACAGUAAUUGUGAAAUGAGAAAAGAGAAAAGACUCUGCUACAUCCAGCCUUGUGACAGUAAUAUAUUGAAGACUAUAAAGGUUCCCAAAGGAAAAACCUGUCAACCAACAUUCCGACCUUCCAAAGCAGAGAAACUUAACUUUUCUGGAUGCUCCAGUACUCAGAGCUACAAACCAACUUUCUGUGGAGCCUGCUUAGAUAAGAGAUGCUGCAUCCCCAACAAAUCUAAAAUGAUUACGAUUCAAUUUGACUGCCCAAAUGAAGGAUCGUUUCAGUGGAGGAUGAUGUGGAUCACCUCCUGUGUCUGUCAGAAGAUCUGCAGAGAUCCAGAAGAUAUAUUUUCUGAGCUCAAAAUUUUAUGAACGGGCUUGACAUGGUCAGCAGUCACCCCCUCAAAGCCCUGUUUCCCGAUAUUUCCAUCCCAAGGUCGCCCCUAACACUGAAAAUGCACAAGUUGGUAUUGCUGAUGUGGACUUGCUCUUGGCAGAUAUGAAGAUGGACUUGUAUCUUUCGCUCAUGAAACAGUAGUAAUGGUAAGUGCUUACUACUGUACUAAGUGCUGAGAAGGAUUAUACGAACGGGAAUAUGACAUGGGAAUAGUUCAGGAGUACUAACUGUUUUUAUAUGAGUUAUUCUUAUACUGGGAAAAUGCAGAAAGGUUAUUGUUAAAAAAAAUUCAGGCACCAAUAUGUUGACUCUUACAAGGAUGGUGGAUUAUGUGCAGAACAAAGAAGUUUGCUGUUGCCUGCCCCUUAUUGUCAGAGGCAAUUUUUUAAUAUAUUUUUUGAAUUUACUUCCAAUAAUACAUUGCACUAUGCAUCAAAAUAUGGAAAUAUCCACAGUCAAAUGAAGCACAAGAAGAAAUAUUUGGAUCAAGCAGACCCUCAGGAUUGGACUUUAAAAAUAAAGGUAAAUAAUCCUAAAAUAAAAUAAAUUUUUUCCUGCUCUUUGCCCAUUUUAUAAUCUGUCAAAUUUCUUUUGGGAAAUAAAGAAUAGUUCUUUUUUCUAGAUAUGGCACUAUUCAAGAUCUUCAACACUUUUUCCCCAAUAAAUUUUGUAACUUUGACCAAAUACUGGAUUGAAUGUCUGAUAAAUUAGUCCCUUAAAUUUCAGCUAUACUAAGAAAAAUAAAGAAUAAAAGGAAUUCUGAACUAAGGAAAAUGGAAAAGCACUUAGUACAGUAUUUAGACUUGGAUUUUAGUUUCCAAAUUUAGUUUUAGUUUAGGUUUUAGUUUCCAAGAAUUGCCUCAACAAAUAAAACUCUUUUAAAGCUUUGCAUUAUAAAUGAAAACUAUUGUUUAGUCAUGCUAUAACUCAAGUUCUCUUGAAGGACUUUUAAACUGCAGUUUAUAGUACUUGUUAAGUGUUUA